ACGGAGGCCGCCCUGACCUGGGACGCCGUCGAGCUGCUGGCCAGAGCGCUGGACAGCCUCUACGGCUCCGGCGGGCCGGGCAGCUUCAACGUCAGCCGGGAGCCGCUGGACUGCGGCACCCAGAGCGCCUGGACGCACGGCGAGACCCUCAUCAACUACCUACUUCAGGUUCAGUUCGAUGGUCUGACGGGACACGUUUCGUUCGACUCGGACGGACUGAGGCGCUCGUUUCAAUUAGACAUCAUCCAGCUCCAGGAGCCCGCACUGGUAAAGAUUGGAUCGUGGUCGCCAAGCGGCAUAGAGACCAUGAACUUCGACCUGGCAGAGAUCAUCAACAGGAAAAAUCAAACCAUCAUCGUUACCACAGUCAUGAAGCCGCCAUACACGAUGCUCAAGCCAUCCUCGGACCAGAAGCACGGCAACGACCGCUACACGGGGAUCUGUGUGGAGCUGAUGGACAGGCUCGCCGAGAUCCACAACUUCAACUACACGCUGAUCGUCAACCCGGAGGGCACCGCCGGGAAGCCGGACAGUGAGGGGCACUGGAACGGCAUGAUCGGAGACCUCCUCAGCGGGAAAGCGCAUCUCGCCAUCGCUGACCUAACCAUUACGGCCACGAGAGGAAAGGCCAUCAACUUCACCACCCAGUGGAUGAGCCUCGGUAUCAGCAUGGUGUACACCAAGCCCUCCAAGCAGCCGCCGUCGCUGUUCUCGUUCCUGGCGCCCUUCUCCAAGGAGGUGUGGGCCUACAUGGGCAUGGCCAUGGUGGGCGUGUCGCUGCUCAUGUUCGUCCUCGCCAGGUUCAGUCCGUUCGAGUGGACGGUGCCGCACCCCUGCCACGCCGACCAAACGACGCUCACCAACAGCUUCGGCAUCCGCAGCAGCUUCUGGUUCAGCUGCGGCUCCGUCAUGCAGCAGGGAUCCGACAUCCUGCCCAAAUUCAGUCCUUACGAGUGGCAGAACCCGCACCCCUGCGACGACGAGCCCGAGGAGCUCGAGAACAUUCUAACCACGCGCAACAGCUUCUGGUUUGCCAUUGGUUCGCUCAUGCAGCAGGGGUCCGAUAUUGCGCCCAAAGCCAUGUCGACCCGCAUGAUUGCCGGCAUCUGGUGGGGUUUCACACUCAUCAUGAUCUCCUCCUACACGGCCAACUUGGCCGCCUUCCUCACCAUCGAGACGCGGUACUCGCCCAUCGAGAGCGUCGGCGACCUGGUGAAGCCGCGCAACAAACACAUCAAGUACGGGCUCUACGAGAAGGGAUCCACGGCCGACUUUUUCAAGCGCUCCAAGGUGGAGCCCUACAUGGAGAUGUGGGAAGUGAUGAACAGCACAGAGGAGUUCCGAGCCAGCGACGAGGACGGCAUCAACAGCGUCAUCAAGGCCAACGGCAAGUUCGCCUACUUCAUGGAGUCGUCGUCGAUCGAGUACUACGUGGCGCGCCGCUGUCAGCUGACCCAGGUCGGCGGCCUCCUUGACAACAAGGGCUACGGCAUCGGCGUCGGACCCCAGUCGCCGAUCCAGGCCUCCGACCUGAGCGUCACCAUCAUCCAGCUGCAGGAGGAGGGCUACCUCUCCAAACUGAAGCACAAGUGGUGGAAGGGAGAAACCGGAGGAGUGAACUGCGACGCCAAGGAGAGCACGGCCACUGCCCCGCUGUCGCUGAAGAACGUGGGCGGCGUGUUCGUGUGUCUGGUGCUGGGUCUCUGUGUGGCCACCUUGGUCAGCAUAGCCGAGUUUGUGCUGGAGGCCUACAAAACCAGCCGGGAAGAACGGGUGCCUCUGCUGACGGAGAUCAGCCGCGAGCUGCAGUUUGUGUUCCAGUUUCGCGGUAACACCAAACCGGUCAAACGGCCCGUCACCAGCUCCGCCGACACGGAACAGGAGGGUUUCAUCCCCUUCAGCACCGACAGCUCGCUGCAGUACGCGCCCACUGGGUACGGGUUCUCGGCGGUCAUGACCUGAGCUGACCAGACGGUCACGGCUGAUCCGAGAUCAUCACAGAGGUCACAACUGACCUGAGGUUACAUUAGCAAUCGCAGUGAGUCUGAGGUCACCGCAGAGGACACAACUAGCCGUGAGGUCACUACAGCGGUCAGUGAAGUCACAACAGAGGUUACAGCUAAUCUGAGGUCACCAGACGUUACAGCUGACCUGAGGUCACCACAGACAGCGGAACGCGUGUUCACAGAGUGCCUUUGGUCACGCAGAUAAUGCGAGACUUUUAGUUUCUGAGGAGCUGAGUACGCCUCGAGGAGACAGUCUGAGGCGAGCGAAAACAAUUUCAUCAUUGCGUGUGAUGAAGGUGUGAUCCGAUAGGGUGUGGUCGUUUUGUAACUCUGGUCACAAUAUGUUUGUGCCUUUUUGCUGCCGCUCGUGAAUGAAGUGAUUUUGAUAAGCCUUUGCGAGUUGGCUGCUGCCCCAAGGACAAAGUGUUGCGGUGCCAGCACAGUGAGGGCUCGGCGUGGGGGCUGAGUGCAGCUGGGAAACCUGUGACGCAGCUUGGUUCUGGAUCAGCGCUCCGCGAUAAAUUAAAAACGCUUGGGCGCGUUUGGUGCGCCAACCUAGUCGUUAUCACUGGAUCGGACAUGUAGGGCUUAGUGAGCGCAAAUAUAACCAGCUUUCUUUCAAAUAUGAAUGCACUAUAAAGUGGCACCACCGUGAGUGAUGGAAGCGUUUGGUUUUGAAUCUCGAUUACUACAUCUGUAUAACUUACCUACCCACUACCCAGAUGUCGUGCUACCGCCAACGCAUGCUUAUGGGUAAAUCGUGAGAUGGUAGAUAUUUUUACUGAAGCGUCGCAAGUUUUGUGUUGCGCUUUGGGGCCUGAUUCAGUUUCCCGAUGGGCGGAGUUUGAGUUUGAGCAGUGUGGUAGUUGUACAGGGUGUCCGGAAAGUCCUGGCGCUUUUCAACAUUUUUAAAAUAAAAAUGCCUUUGGUCCAUAGAUACUCAACAAUAGAACCAAACAAUGACCAGGAACACCAAGCCACAUGCUUCUGCUAAGUGCCCAUUCAUUGUAACCACCGUCUGUGCCGACGACGGCCUCGACGCAAGGGCGGAAACGCCUGCGGGUUUUGACGACGCAGGACAUUUCCUCUCCUCACAUGCUGUCAUGAUGCGAGUCUUCAGCGACUCCAGGCUGGGAUGAGAGGUGGCCUAGAGCUUAUUCUGCAAAACGCGUAGCAUGCCUUAGUCGAACGGGUUAAUGCUGGGAUAAUAAGGUGGCCUAAUCUCAUUUCACCACGGUGAUCUGGUCCGCCAAGCUCCUCUUUCAGUUUGGUUUGGACGGCAGCGGCGUUGUUGGAGCUGUUAAAGUGCGAAAUGACCCUUAGGGCAAGUCACCUUGAUUGUCGUGUCCAGGAACCCCUCGUGGACCAGCCUGUCAGUCAUUUAUUUGACCUUGACGAAGAUGAUGUUACAUUUGUGUCCACCAGACCCCAGAUUUUCUUCGAUUGCCGCUGAAAUGCUGCUUCAGUCUCAACAGCUUUGACAUACCGUGGUCGUAACUGAGUGAGAAUAUUUUCUAAGAAAUUUCCGGUCCGGAAUGCACCUUUGCCUGCUCAACCGUUCGCCGGGAAACGCCGCAUCGCGCUGCAACUCGCGCCUCGUUCAAGCCGUACCGGGCCCCCGCGCGCGGGCUCUCAGCGACGAGCGCAUCUUCGCACAUAUACCUAGCACUGAAAACGGUUUCAAGGUCAUAAUUACGCGACCCCUAGCUGAGCGGUGAACGAGGGGUUAUAUCUGCGGUGAUUGGUUGAAAGUCCAAUAAUUACAGCGCGCGUUAGACGACGUCCAAAAGAAGCGCCAGAACUUUCCGGACACCCUGUAUUGCAGGAUGUCGCAUUGCGACGGGGCGUCCAUUUUUAUAUGUAUCAGCGCUGUGUGAGAACUCGUGCUGCACUACAGUAGCAUAGCAAUAGCAUCUGCAUAUGGUAGACAGGCAGCGAGUCUUGUAAUUUUUAUCAUACUCGUACAUAUUUCGUCGCCAUCUUGCAGUGAAUGUUGAGAUGUUGCUUAGCUCCCGCUGCACCACUCAAUGUUUUGUGCAAAUUAUGUAAACAUCAAUAAACCAGACUGUUAUAAAAAGA